AUGGCGUGGUUUUUUAGCUCUCCCUACCUCGUGUUUGGGGCCGCGAUAUUUCUUCGAGUUGUUCUCUUGUUUUACGGCCUCUAUCAGGACUCUCAUUCGCCCAUGAAGUAUACCGACAUCGACUACUAUGUUUUCACUGAUGCCGCCAAAUUUGUCUCGGAAGGCCAGUCGCCGUAUGAUAGAGCAACUUACAGAUACACGCCAUUACUUGCAUGGAUUCUUCUCCCGACCACAUGGACCGGCCUCGGGGGUCAGCAAGUCUGGUUCUCCUUUGGCAAAGCUUUGUUUGCUGUCUCUGAUAUCAUUGCGGGAUGGCUGAUCCUGCAUGUUCUCCGCUCCCAUCAACGAAUGGAUAUGCAGCGGGCUCUUAAAUUUUCAAGCAUCUGGCUGCUGAAUCCCAUGGUUGCUACUAUUAGCACCCGAGGGAGCUCAGAGGGGUUUCUAUGCGUUAUGAUCAUGGCGCUACUCUGGGCCGUUCUAGAGAAACGAACUAUACUAGCUGGCGUCCUUUUGGGUUUCGGCAUACAUUUCAAAAUAUACCCUUUCAUAUAUGGCCCGUCCAUUAUCUGGUUUUUGGAAGACGAGGAAAACGAUAGCUUCAACGGGUCGAAAGGGUUUACUCUCGGCAAUUUGAUCGACUACGUCUGUCGGCUUCUAACGCCUCAGCGUAUAAUCCUUGGCUUGACUUCCCUUGUUGUGUUUGCAGGGCUGAAUGUCGCUAUGUAUAUGCUUUAUGGAACUCCUUUCUUGCAACAUACCUACUUCCACCAUGUCACUCGCGUCGACCAUCGCCACAACUUCUCCCCUUACAAUAUGUUACUCUACCUUUCUUCAUCCGAGAUCUCCCAAGGCAUUCCCGGGAAUAACUUUGAAUCUCUCGCUUUUCUACCUCAAUUAGGUCUUUCAGCUAUCCUUAUACCGCUCGCGUUGGCCAAGAGGGAUCUUGCUGGAAGCAUGUUAAGCCAAACAUUUGCAUUUGUCACCUUCAACAAAGUCUGUACAAGCCAGUAUUUCCUCUGGUACCUUGUGUUUUUACCGCUGUAUCUCCCCUAUUCCUCUCUCAUCAAACAACCGCUUUUCGGAAUUACUGUUGCCGCUCUGUGGGCAGGCGCACAGCUUGAGUUCCUUGGGGUUUCAACCUUUGUUCCAGGGCUAUAUUUCUCCUCCCUUGCAUUUUUCGUGAUAAAUAUCUGGAUUCUGGGUAUUAUUAUUUCGGACAUCAAGAAUCUUCCUCGGGCAGGAAAGGGCAAAGCUAACAAUCGGAGCCCUGCCGCGGUGAAGAAAGAUAUAUAG